AUGACUUUGUUCCCCACCAAGUUUGAAAAUGGGAAGAUUGAGUACAAGAUAAGGUACAAGGGGAGAUCAAGGCCAUUCUCUAGAGCCAAGGCCUUGGUGACUUCAGAACAGUCCAGGGACCCAACCAAGCUAAAGGAGCUUCUGUCUCAAGUCCUCACUAUCACCCUUGAUGUUAAGUUUAGGUGUCAAGAGAGCCAGCUCGACCGACAGCUCGAUCGAGCUAGAAACAAGGGCAACUCGACCGAGGAACCCAACUUCAAGAAGCAACCAUUUAAGAUGUUGAGAGGUGAAGGAAGCAAGCCAGCAUUCACAAAGAGGGAGGUAACAAGAGGAGCAAGGAGGAUACUCAAGACACUAACCAAGGAGGAUGAGGAAGAGAUUGAGAGGGUGAGGGAAGAGAGAAGAACCAAGAGAAGGAAUGAUCCUAUCAGCAGUGAGAGCGAAGUAGGAGAGUUUGAAAUUGGGGUGAACAUCCCACAUGAGGAGGAUGAUGAGUCCCCAAGUGAAGAAGAGGGUGAGGAGGUCAAUCAAGAGAUUGAGGAGAGUGAGCAUGAGAGCAAUGAGAAUGUGCCCAUGGAAGAGGAGGAGUCAGAGGAAGAAGAGGAUGAGCUCCCCAUGUACCAAGAGCAUUAUGAUGCUCUCUUCUCCAUGGACUUUGUGGAGACCAAGUACCCACAUGAUGACACAAUGAGGCUCUUGGGAUCUUUGAUGAUGUGGAGCUGGUUCCACAAGUACAGGCAGCUCGAUCGAGCUGAGUUGGAUCAAGGUUGGGGAUGGAUCACGUUCUUGGCAAGAGGAGAAAGGAAGACAGUGACCUUCAGACAGUUGGAGAUCCUUUUCGGUUUCACUUAUGGGGAGGGAACCCAUUGGGAUAUCAAGGAGGAUGAGCUACAAAGGGUUUGGGCUACAAUCGCUGAUGGAGUAUACUCUUCCUCACGGUCUAAGGCAGCUCAAAUCAGGAGCCCAGUGUUGAGAUAUGUGCACAAGGCUCUCGCCAACACCUUCUUGCAAGGAAAGGCGACUGGGACAAUAAAUGAGGGAGAAGUGAAGCUCCUUGACAUGGGAAUCAAGCCCAUCAUCUCACGCACCAAGGAUGGGAAGAAGAUCAGGGGAGAUAGAAUCCAUGCAGGGAACCUCAUGCCUCUCAUUGACCAGCUACUCUCCUACAAGACAACCGCCUAUAGCACUCGGUUUCAAACGGGAAGGAAGCUUAGUGUUGGAGGAGUCAUCACGCCUAUCCUCUGUGCAGCUGGAGUCCAUUUGGAAAGAGAAGGUCUACUCCAGCAGGGUGGAUGGAUAUUAAGUUUUGCAAGACCAACCUCUUCAUUGAACACAAGGAGUUGGAUGGGAGGUUCCAAUUCAAAUUCACUCACCCUUUGGCUGGCCCCUCCAAGCGACCCUGAGCUCACCACGGUUCUAGGAGGUACCAACAUUGACUUCAGCCCCCCACUUUACACAUUAGUUGGGCAUGAAGAGGAUUUGCGAGAAGAGGAGCCUGAACUCGAUCGAGCUGAGGAUCGAGCUGCGGACAACACCCAUGUGAAUGCGGAUUUGGGCGAGCCUGAGUGCUACUACUUUGAGGAGUAUGAGGCUCCUAGGAUGAACCCCUCUGUUGUGGCUGCCCACAAGAGGAUUGGACUUCUCCAAAGGUUCAACAAGUGGCAAGGGAAAGCCAUGGAAAAGAUGCAAAAGUCCAUGGACAAGAUGGUGAGCAAGAUCAAAAGCUUGGAGAAGAAAGUUUCUGGUUCUUCAAGGAAGAAGAAGAAGGGACCCAUGACUCCCACUUUUCCUAGGAGUAGCACUACAAGAAACGCGGCGUUUAACGUCACUUUAAUAACGUUACUUUUCAAUCUGACGUUAAAUAAACUUAAGUGA